CCUAAAUAAAAUGUUGAUUAAAAGGUUUUACGACAAAAUCUGUGUUGUGUAACAAAAUAAUCGCCUCCAUAGAUAAGACGUGAAAAUAGGUAGUUACCUCCCGCUCUAAACUGAUAACGAUUUAUUUACAUUUCGUCAGUUUUGAGUGACGUAAUAGUGGAUAUUAUUUGUUAGUUUCUCAUUGCUAGAAAUAAUUCUGUCACGUAGAUAUAGGAACAUGGACGUUUUUGGAUUAACCUUUACCUUCUGGACAGUUGUGAAAACUGUCUUUAUACUUUGGCUGUUUUCAGUGAUAUAUGACUGGCUGGCAGUACUUGCUUGGAGGAGAAAGUAUAAGUUGAAGGGAAAAUUUCCUUUUCCAAUUGUGGGAACAUUGCCCUAUAUCAUUGGCAAGGACUGGGCUGAAGCUAAUAAUGAAAUAUUACAGAAAUAUGGACCAGUAUCAGCAGGAUCUGUUGGUAAAAUGAAAGUCAUAUCUGUUGCUGAUGUAGACUUACUGAAGAAAAUAUUUGUCAAAGAACAUGUGCACUUCCAGAACAGAUUCACAAUGGAGGAUUUUGAUCCUUGGCCAAUGAACAAGACAUUACUGUCCCUGAAAGAUGAGCAAUGGAAACGAGUUAGAAAUAUAAUUACACCAACCUUCAGUGCUGGUAAACUGAAGAAGAUGACCAAAGAGAUAAAUUAUUGUGCAGAACUUCUAACAUCGGGGUUGAUUGAGAAAGCGAAGUCUGGUGAAGAAGUUGACAGUAGGAAACACCUUGGCUGCUACACAAUGGAUGUGAUUGCAGGUACAGCGUUUGGUAUAAGGACAGAUGCAUACAACAAUCCUGAUGACUCUUUUGUUUCUCUCGCACAGAAAGUAUUUGGACAAGCUUCACUUAAUCCAAGCACUCUGCUUGCCAUACUAUUUCCAGACUUGGCUUGGUUUCUUAUGAAGAUGUUUGGAAUUAGUUUCUUUUUCCCGAAAGAUUCUCUAGCAUUCUUCGUUGAUGUGAUCAAGAAAAUAAUUAAGGAGCGGCAGGAAAAAUGUGAUACGGAGAGAACAGACAUGUUACAACUGAUGAUGAAUGCAGAGUUGCAAGGGGAGACAGAGGAUGGUACUCAAUCUGCAAAAAAGCUUUCAUUAGAUGAGCUGUUAGGCCAGGGAAUAAUCGGUUUUGUUGCAGGCUAUGAAACAACAGCUUCAUUGUUGACCUUCAUGUCCUACGUGCUGGCAACACACCUUGAUGUACAGAAGAAACUUUUGGAUGAAAUAGAUGAACAUGUCCCAGAUGGAGCCACAGAAGUCAGUUAUGACAUUGUUAUGGAAAUGCCGUAUCUGGAUCAAGUUAUUAAUGAAACUUUGAGAAUGUACCCACCUAUAACUAAGAUGAACAGGACCACAUCAAAGCAGGAGGAUGUCGAGAUCGACGGUUACUGGUUUCCCCAUGACACAAAUAUUUCAUACUCAAUCUGGCAAGUACAUCACUGUCUAGGCCUGUACCCAGAACCUGAGAAAUUCAUACCAGAGAGAUUUACGUCUGAGGAGAAAGCUAAGCGUGACCCAUUUGUUUUCAUGCCAUUCGGCCAUGGUCCAAGGAAUUGUAUUGGAAUGAGGUUGGCGUUGUUGGAGGCAAAAAUUGCAACUGUUGCAAUACUUAGAAAGCUGAAGUUCGUGAAAUGUGCAGAAACUGAGGAGAACUUACAGCUAAUUAAAGGAACGUUUUUGAAACCCAAGAAUCCGAUUAAAGUUGGAGUGGUGCUCAGAUAAACUUCAAAGCAAAGAUUUUAGCCAUGUAGACCUAUCAAUCAACAAAUAUUAGUCAUAAAAAUGAGCCAUAGUAAUAGGAUAUGGUAUUCUGUAACCUGUUAAUUGAUGUAUAGAUUUAUGUCUUUUGGGUGAUGAUGAUGAGGGGUGAAUAGCUUCCUUUUAGGACUUUGUUUGAAUGGAAGCUUACAUAUAAAGUGUUAGAAAAAGUUUGCAUUGUUUAUAUGAUCACAGUACUUCAAAUUCCUGAAACAGUUCACUUUUAUAUUUACAGUUAAGCUUUCAAUAUAUAGUGAAAUUAUAUUAUUAUUUUGAUAUGCUGGGUAGAUUCCAAAUCGGCAUCUGCGAACAUGUUUGUUCAUAUCAUAAUGCUGGCGUCUAUUUGUUAGGAAUAUAUUUAACUCGGGAGCCACUCCCCCCCCCCCCCCCACACACACACCCCUCGCUUAGCUCAAUAGGGAGAUUGCGGGAUUGUUCGAUCUCUUGGCGGGGCAUAUGUUCUCCAGGAUGAUUUGAUAAAAGACUGUGUCUGAAAUCAUUCAUCAUCGACCUCUUAUUCACAUGGAGCAGUUACAUGCAGAGAACAGGUUUGUACUGGUAGAGAAUCCAGGAAGACUGGUUAGGUUAACUGCCUGCCGUAACAUAACUGAAAUACUGUUGAAAAACGACGUUAAACCCAAAACAAACAAAUAUUUUACCUGGAUUUUGCAGUCUUCUAAACACAUUUCAAACAUUAUUGAUGUUUUAUUGAAACGUUAUGGUGAUUGGACAUAGGGCAAUAUUAUUCCAAUCAAUAAUGUAUACAAUUUAGAUUGUUACAGCCAUCACAGCUAAAUCUUACUCACAUCUUAACGUUUUAUGCUCUCGUUUGUGCCCUGACAAAUAUCAUAGUCUUCCAGAACUUCAUCCUAGGCAUUUACGAGAAUAUUUCUACUUUUUCUUGUGUCCUUUGACUUCCACUUCGCAAUACGUUAUUUUAAUUCAUAUCUUUUACUUCAUUGUCUAUGUAACAUGCUGUUGAUGGUAUUUUUAGCUCACCUGUGAUGUAGUGACAGGAUGAGCUUUUGUGAUCGCCCUUCGUCCGUCUCCGUCGUCUAUUCACAAUUUAUUGUGAACAGGAUAGAGACCAAAGUUUGCAAUCAGUUUUAAUUAAACUUGCCGCAACUUGUAUUGGCAUAAUAUCUCGAUUCCUUAGUAAAACUGGCCAGAUCCCGUCAUGGUUUCCAGAGUUAUGGCCCCUUAAAGGGCCAUCAUUUGCUAUUUCUUGCUUAUGAACACGAUAGAGACCACAUUUUGCAAUCAACUUUUAUCAGACUUGCACACAACUUGUAUUGGCAUAAAAUCUCGAUUCCUAUAGAAAAUCAACCAGAUCCCAUCAUAGGUUCCUGAGUUAUGGCCCCUUAAAGGGCCGAAUUUGCUAUUUUAGCCUGUGAACACGAUACAGACAACACUUUGUAAUCAAUUUAACCAAACUUGCACAAAACUUGUAUUGGCAUAACAUCUGGGUUCCUUUUGAAAAUAGGCCAGAUCCCAUCAUGGGUUCCAUAGUAAUGGCCCUUUAAAGGGCCAAAAUUUGCUGCAAAUUUUGCAGCCAUAUAGAGAUUUCAUUUAUGGUCGAUCACAAACUAGCAAAAUAUAUUUAACAACAAUAGAGCAUGGAUUCCAUGAUGAAUACGUCAGACAUUUGGGAGUUACGGCCUGUGAUUGACUUUUGAGAGUGCCAAAUUUUGUUAAUUUUGACCUUCUGGACAAGAUAGAGGUGACAUUUUACAUUCAAUUUUAAUCACUUUUACAGUCACAAAAAGUCACAAUAAGGAAUCGGUUCCUUUCGAAAAGCAGCUGGAUUCCAUCCUGGGUUUUAGAGUAACUGCUCCUGAAAGGGGCCCUUUCAGCCAUUUAGAUAUUUCAUUUAUGCCUUGAUCUGACACUAACUUGCACAUAAUGUUUAUCUUGAAGAUCUCUGGGUCAAGUUCGAAACUAGGUCAUGUAGGGUGAAAAUCUAGGUCACUCGGUCAGAUGAAAGGCAAAUCUUGUUGACACCCUAGAGGCCAUAUUUAUGACCCUGUCUUCAUGAAACCUGGUCAGAAUGUUUAUCUUGAUUAUUCCUAGGCCAGGUUCAAAUCUGGGUCAUUCGGGGUCAAAAACAAGGUCAUCACUCAGAUCGAAAGAAAAGCUUGCUCACACUGUAGAAGCCACAUUAAUGGUCUUAUCUUUAUGAAACUUGGUCAGAAUGUUUAUCUUAAUGAUUCCUGAGUGAAGUUCGAAUCUGGGUCAUCUGGGGUCAAAAUCUAGGUCACCUGCUCAGAUCAAAGGAAAAACUUGUUAACCCUAUCAGCAUGAAACUUGGUCAGACAGACUAAUGUCAGUUGAUAGGUAGAGCAUUUGGUUUCAGCUCAGUAACUACAGAAUGCUUAGGCCUACAGUGGUAGAGAGUUUCAUAGAAUGAUUGCUUUUGUUCAGUAAAUAACCCCUAUUGGUUUUUGGGGUCCGAUCUUCGAUAACUGAAGAACUCUUAGGCCUACGAGCCUCAGACUUCAGAGGAUAAUUGCCAGUGGCCGAAGGAAAAGCUUGUUAACAAUGUAGACAUUUACGACCCUUUCUUCAUGAAACUUGGUCUGGAUGUUUAUCUUAAUGAUUAUGAGGCCAAGUUUAACAGGUGAGCGAUAUAGGGUCAUCAUGACCCUCUUGUUACAUUACUUUGUUAGACGACCAUGUGUUAGACUAGCUAUAGUCAAAUAUGUUAUCCUCUUUAAAUAAAGUUACUAUUAUUAUUAUUAUCCCCCGACGAAAGUCGGAGGGAUACAGUUUUGGCGUUGUCCGUCCUUCCGUCCGUCUUUCCGUCCGUCCGGAGCCAUAUCUAGGAAAUGGUUGGGAAUAUUUAUUUAAUACUUCAUAUAUAUGUUCACCACUAUGAGUUCUUGCGGCCCGUCAAGUUUCAGUCAGAUUGCCCAAGUAACACCAGAGUUAUGGCCCUUAGAAGUUUCUAGUGUUAACUAUAUAGGGUACUAUAAAUAUGGCAAUUUCUGCAUCAUAACUUUUGAUAUAUUUGACCUAGAACUAUGAAACUUAAACAGAAUUUAGAUCACCAUAAUGUGGUUGUGUACACACAAUUUCAUUCGGAUUUAUUUGUAAAUUAAGAGUUAUUGCCCUUUAAUUGUAUAAAAAUCCACAUAUUUGUACAUAACAAACUUACCAUUUGGUAGAAUUUCAUUAAAUUUCUUUCAUUCUUUUCCGUGAACAUUUAUUGUAUACAUGUGAAGUUGUGUACCCACACCUGGUCACCCCCUUACCUUGAUCACACACCUCCCCCCCUAUCCCCCGACACCCCACCCCACUCCCCCCACAAAAAAAAAACAUUCAUUCCUUAUUUUAGUUUUUUUUCAAACAAACUUCAUAUACAUGUUCACCACUAUGAGGUUAUGGGGCCCAUCAAGUUUCAGACAGAUUGCCCAAGUAACACCAGAGUUAUGGCCCUUAGAAGUUUCUAGUGUUAACUAUAUAGGGUAAUAUAGAUAUGGCAAUUUCUGCAUCAUAACUUUUGAUAUAUUUGACCUAGAACUAUGAAACUUUAACAGAAUUUAGAGCACUAUAAUGUGGUUGUACACAGACAAUUUUGUAUGGAUUUCUUUUGUAACUUCAGAGUUAUUGCCCUUUAAUUGUCUAAAAAUCCACCUAUUUGUACAUAACAAACUUACCAUUUGGCAGAAUUUCAUUAAAUUUCUUUCAUUCUUUCUGUGAACAUUUAUUAUAAACAUGUGAAGUUGCGCACCCACACCUGGUCACCCACUUGCCUUGGUCACACCCCUUCCCCUCCCCCCCCCCCCCCCCCCCCAAAAAAAAAAAAAAUAAAUAAAAAAAAUUUUCAUUUCUUAUUUUAGAUUUUUUUUCAAACCUUCCAGGUUGUACCAUUCCCCCGAUCAUGCAUCCUCUGCCCCCCACACCCUCCACUUCACCCUUUUACCCUUUUUUUUCAUUUUUUUAUUUUUAAUCAAUAUUUAUAAUCAACAUGUGAAAUUUUGUUUCCUCUCCCGUGUCCUGCACCCCCACCCCCUAAAAAAAUAAAUAUAUACAUAUAUCUAUAUAUAUAGAUAUAUAUAUUUCCAUUCCUUUUUUUUUUUUUUUUUUUAAUGUUCAAACCUUCAACAUGUUAAGUUGUGACUGCACAAACCUUGCCAAGAUAUCUUACCUCUGUUCUUUUAAGUUCAAAUGUACAUGUUAAACAGCAACCCCUGGUGCCAAACCACUCAAAGACAAUAUUUCGUUCCAGUUAAACUUCAAGCUCACAUUUCAACAAACUGCAUUUAAUUUUAAAAGCUAAGCUUAUUACAUUACAUAUCCCAUUCAAAAUAAAUUCUUUAGUCAUGAUCAAAGUAUCAUACAUUUAUUAUGUACUCUUUAAUUAAACAUUUGUUUUCUGUUAAAUUUAUUUUGACUAAUGAAAUUAUUUGCUUCUUAUUAACAUCCUAAACUUUUUGCCGGAUAUAUUUUUUUGCCAUUCCUCACCACAAACCCUUUCGGCGGGGGAUACCAAUUCAUCGAAUUUGCUUGUUAUUAUUAUUUUUACUAAUAUUGAUAUUAAGCAGAAUCGUUUGUACUUUAAUUCUUUUAGUCUGCAUCUUACUUCUUCAUUGCAACAUUUUCAUGAGCAAUUUGUAACAUUCUAAUAUC